AUGGAAUCUCAUGGCGGCCUUGAUUCAUACUCGGAAACUCACUCAAAUGAUCUUCCUCCUAGAGUACACCAACCACCAUCUUAUCUCCAUGAUUAUCAUUGUUAUUCUACAAUUGUUACUUUACAUGAACCUUCAUCUUAUAAUUCUCUUUGGCAGCAAGCUAUGAAAGAAGAAUUGCAGGCUUUAACAAAGACACAAACUUGGGAUUUGGUGGAUCUUUCGGUUGAUAAAGCUGUUGUAGGAUGCAAAUGGGUUUAUAAGAUCAAAAGUCAUGCUGAUGGAUCAAUAGAACGAUAUAAAGCUCGUUUGGUGGCCAAGGGCUUUACUCAAGAAUAUGGUAUUAACUAUGAAGAAACCUUUGUACAAAUUAUUUAA